AUGGAGCUGAUGCAUAGAGUAUUCCAUUCGUAUUUGGAUCAGUUCGUGGUGAUUUUCUUAGAUGAUAUAUUAAUUUAUUCAGGUUCAAAGGAAGAGCAUAGACAACAUUUGGCUAUAGUUUUACAAGUCUUAAAAGAGAACCAGCUGUUUGCAAAGCUAAGUAAGUGUGAUUUCUGGCUCACACAAAUUGCUUUCUUGGGGCAUAUCAUCUCAACAAAGGGGAUAGAAGUUGAUCCAUCAAAGGUGGAGGCAGUUAAGGAGUGGGCAACGCCAAAGACCAUGACUGAGGUGAGAAGCUUUAUUGGGUUAACAGGCUAUUAUAGGAGGUUUAUCAAGGGAUUCUCCAAGAUAUCACUACAUCUUACUAUUUUAACGCGCAAGGACCUGAAAUUCAUUUGGUCUGAGAAAUGUGAGGCAAGUUUUAAUGAAUUCAAGAGGUGCCUAAUUACCGCCACAGUGCUUAACAUUCCAUCUGAAGUAUGCAACUUUGUGGUUUGCACUGAUGCCUCAAAGAGUGGACUAGGAGCUGUACUUAUGCAAAAAGGGAAUGUAGUGGCAUAUGCUUUAAGAAAACUGAAGACUCAUGAAAGGAAUUAUCCCACCCAUGACCUAACUAGCAGGUGUAGUUUUUGA